AUGGAGACUGCAUCAAACAAUACAGGAUCUGGUGCUCAAAAAACUGUCACUACUGAUGCUGCUUUGAAGCAAGUGUCAGAAGGUAAUGUUAGCGAGGUGCCAAAAGUCCCAAACUCAAAUUUAAAUGAUGGAUCAACAGAAGUAGGAACUAGUGCUGCAGGUUCAACCAAGGAGAUUGGAUCAAGCAAUACAAAAUCUGGUGUUCCAGAUACUAUGACUAAUGUUGGUGAGCUGGCAAAACCAUCGGAUUUGAAGGAUGGAUCGACAAAAGUAGGAACUAAUGUAGUGGGUUCUACCAAGGACAUUGCAUCAAGCAAUACAGAAUCUGGUGUUCAAGAUACUAUCACUACUCAUACUACUUUUGAGGAAGUCUCAGACGAUAACGCCGGUAAGCUGCCAAAACCAUCAGAUUCAAAGGGUGGAUCUACAAAAGAAGGAACCAAUGCAAUGGGUUCUACCAAGGAGAUUGCAUAA